AUGAACGUGUGCCGGCAUGAGACAACUGACCGGCCUACUUCCUUGUCAGACUGCGACGUGAACACGGCAGGGUUCUACUCACAUACCGACCGACCGACGGACAAAAUGAACGUGUGCCGGCAUGAGACAACUGACCGGCCUACUUCCUCGUCAGACUGCGACGUGAACACGGCAGGGUUCUACUCACAUACCGACCGACCGACGGACAAAAUGAACGUGUGCCGGCAUGAGACAACUGACCGGCCUACUUCCUUGUCAGACUGCGAAGUGAACACGGCAGGGUUCUACUCACAUACCGACCGACCGACGGACAAAAUGAACGUGUGCAGGCAUGAGACAACUGACCGGCCUACUUCCUCGUCAGACUGCGACGUGAACACGGCAGGGUUCUACUCACAUACCGACCGACCGACGGACAAAAUGAACGUGUGCAGGCAUGAGACAACUGUCCGGCCUACUUCCUCGUCAGACUGCGACGUGAACACGGCAGGGUUCUACUCACAUACCGACCGACCGACAAACUGA